GUCUGUUUUCAUCAUUUCAUACAUUUUCUGAUUGACGAGUGACGCACUGAAACACGGUGUUGCUAUCAUGAUGUCAGUCAGAAUGGCUCCUGCUCUUCCUCUGAUGUUUCUGCUCAUGAUUCACGGGGUUUCUAGUGCUAGUUGGGGUGUGAGUUACAGUCCUUCACACAUCUGUGCACUAAAGGACUCAUCAGUGAUAAUGAGCUGCACUUAUACAUACCCUACUGGAUAUCAGAUCAGGAAUGUGUACUGGGCCAAAUUGUUAAUACAUGGCUUAGAACCUCCAAAUCUGACUGAGGACCCUGAAUACAGACAGAGGUUUCAGUAUCUGGGAGAUAAACAGCAGAACUGCACCAUGAGACUGAGUCAUGUGACACUGAAGGAUGCAGACAUGUACUAUUUCAGAUUCACCACUGAUAUAACAGAAGGAAAAUGGCUUGGUAAACCUGGAGUGAUUCUUUCUGUCACAGAUCUUCAGGUGGAGUCUCCUGAGAGAGUGACAGAGGGAGAUUCAGUCCGUCUGACAUGUAAAAGCAGCUGCACUCUGACUGACAGAGCAACAUUCAUCUGGUACAGAAACUCACAGCCAUUAACUGAGAGAAGAGACGGAAACAAUGAACUCCUGCUGCAGUCAGUCAGAAGAGAGGAUGCAGGCAGAUAUAGCUGUGCUGUACACGGACACAAUCUCACAUCACCUGCUGUUGAGCUCAAAGUCAUGUAUCCUCCAAAGAACGUCUCAGUGUUGAUAAACGGAUCUGGUGAAAUAGUGUCAGGAGAUUCAGUGACUCUGAUCUGCAGCAGUGAUUCAAACCCUCCUGCAGAAAUCAGCUGGUUUAAAGGAGGAACGUUUGUAGGAUCUGGAAGAAUCUACAGCAUCUCAAACAUCAGCUCUGAUGACAGUGGAGAAUACAAGUGCAGAUCCGUCAAUGAACAUGGAGAGAAAUACUCUGACGCUGUGACUUUAAACAUCAUGUACCCACCCAGGAGAAUCUCAGCGUCCAUCAGUCCAUCUGGUGAAAUAGUGUCAGGAUAUUCAGUGACUUUGAUCUGCAGCAGUGAUUCAAACCCUCCUGCAGAAAUCAGCUGGUUUAAAGGAGGAACGUUUGUAGGAUCUGGAAGAAUCUUCAACAUCUCAAAAAUCAGCCCUGAUGACAGUGGAGAAUACAAGUGCAGAUCCAGAAACAAACAUGGAGAGAAAUACUCUGAUGCUGUGAUUUUAAAUGUCAUGUACCCUUCAAGGAGCGUCUCAGUGUCCAUCAGUCCAUGUUGUGAAAUAGUGGAGGGAGAUUCAGUGACUCUGAGCUGCAGCAGUGAUUCAAACCCUCCUGCUCUGAACUUCAGCUGGUUUAAAGGAGGAACAUUUGUAGGAUCUGGAAGAAUCUUCAGCAUCUCAAAGAUCAGCUCUGAUGACAGUGGAGAAUACAAGUGCAAGUCCAGAAAUAAACAUGGAGAGAAAUACUCUGAUGCUGUGACUUUAAACAUUAUGUCAGAAAGAUGUUUCUCAUGGUCUGCAGCGUUUGGUCUUGGUGUUGGUCUUGGUGUUGGACUCUGUGGAGCAUCUGCUGCUCUCAUUGUUUUGUAUAUUCGUCAUACAAAAAGGAUGAAAAGAUCUGCUAUAAGAUUUUCUCAGAUUGCGGAUCCCAGUGCUGAAAUAUAUAUAGAGUAAGGCUGGCUUGAUUUCCUGACAGGUCUGAAUUCGUCAACUUUUACAGGAACAGACACCAUGCAAUAAAACAAUACAUCUUCAAACAUGAAGUUGAGCUCAUGAAGCAAGGGCACAUAAUCUUCUCUGCUCACCUGAGCCCCUCUUUCCCUCUCUCUCUCUCCACGAGGCUCAUGUCACUAAAAGUUUACUAAGAGAGACUCUAUAUAUAACACAUAAUAUAUAUUGUGAAUUAAUUGCUUUUUCCUUUUUCCUCUUAGUCUGUGCGCUGUCAUUUUUGACACGAACUGUAAAAGUGUAACUAUUUUUUUUUAAUUGAAAUUAUUAUUUUAGUUUUAAAUAUUUGAAGUGAUUAAUUUCACUCUCACUCUGUGUAAGAGUAUAUGUGUUUAUUUUGGUCAAUUUUGACAGUGAACGGCAAAGGUGUGUACGGUGUACAUUUUAGGACAUCCUCAGACCAAUACACAGUCAUACAACAAUAAGGCUUUUAUAUAAUCUAUUGUAUUAAGUACUAUAUAAACAAGACUUGACUAGACUGGAUUACUGAAUUGCAGAAUUGGUGCAAACAUAUCCACACCACUAUGAUUAGAUGCUUUCUGAACUGCUGUCAUUUUUGUUGUUUGCACAUAUUUAAAGAAACACUGCUCUCAGUAGCAUCUGAUGCCUUUUAGUCUGAGGCUGUUUCAUCUGAUGCCUAAUUGUACGAGUCUGAGGUGCGAUACCGUUUUGUCCAACGACUGUAGCCUUUAAGACGCCUUUUUGUUGUAUGACUGAAGUCUGAGGAUGUCCUAAAAUGUACACCAUAGGUGUGACCUUUUUUUAUGACCACUUAGACUCACUGAAUGUAGUCCUUUUUUAUUGUUCAGAUUUCAAGUCACCAGCUUUUGAACCAUUCAUUUUUAUUAAAUAAAAAAAUAUAUAAAAUCUGUCAAAAAUGAAUUCAAAAAUCGAGUUAUGGUGGAAGAGUAACCUCUGACCCAACGUGUGAUGUAUUGAUGAACGUGGAAGCAAAGAGGAUAGAGAAAAACUAAACACUGGUCACAAAUUAGAAGUCUAAAAUGAGUUUGUUGCCCAUCCCUAUUUGUUUGAACCGCGAGAAGCGUCUACUCAUACCUAAGCUUACGCUACUCCUUCAUCCUAUGUCAUACGCUUCCACUGUAAGUCCCUGGGGCCAUGUGGAUUACUUUUAUGAUGGAUGGAUGCACUUUUUUGGGCUUCAAAAUCAUGAGCGCCAUUCACUACCAUUAUAAAUUUUGGAAGAGCCAGGAUAUUUUUUAAUACAACUCCAAUUAUGUUCAUCUGAAAAAAAUAGUCAUAUACAUCUAGGAUGGCAUGAGGGUGAGAAAAUCAUGGGAUAAUUUAAAUUUUUUGGGUGAAUUAUACCUUUAAUUUUGUUGUACAAAAUUUGUUUUCAUCGCUUAUGAGCAUUUUCAGUUUAAUAUAUAAAUAGUUUAAAUGUUGCUCCUUUUUACUCGGAUGCCUUAUAUGCUUGUGGUCAAAUCAAAAUGAAUUUCAUCAAUACAGUUAAUCAAGAGCAGACACACUAGGACAGUUGUUGCAUUUAUGCCAUUUAUAUGACUUGCAUACAUGAGGCUUGAAAGGCCACUGCUGUGUAAAUUGAGUAUACAAGAAUGUAAUAAAACCAGGCUGAUGAACUUA